AUGCUGCUACACGUUGGAGGCAUGCGUUCGGCCCUGGGGCUGCUGGCUGUCAGGAGGGCAUGCUGCCUGUCCCGCUCCACCCACAACUCCCCUCAGACUCUGGAGUACAAGCCCAUCAAAAAGGUCAUGGUGGCCAAUAGAGGUACAGUAACAAUUCGCCCACCUUGGUAAUUCUGACACUAUAAAAACACUGAAAUGUCAGCCAAAGUGUUGUAGUUAGUUUCCUCUCACCACAUUAUCAUAUUUUCCUGAGGCCGCAUGAUCACAGCUGACUAAUCCAACUACUUGUAGGUGAGAUUGCCAUCCGUGUGUUCCGGGCGUGCACUGAGCUGGGGAUCCGGACAGUGGCUGUCUACUCUGAACAGGACACAGGCCAGAUGCACAGGCAGAAGGCGGAUGAGGCUUACCUCAUAGGGAAGGGCCUGCCGCCCGUGGCUGCCUACCUGGACAUCCCUGACAUCAUCAAAGUGGCUAAGGUCAGAGAUGUGAAUAUGUAUUGUUGAAACUUUUCUGAACCAACUGUUACUGCAUUUUAAGAUCACACCUUUAUACUGUCUUUCCACAAGUUUUUCAUUUCGUGUUUUAUAAUUUUUCUCAGGAAAAUGAUGUGGAUGCAAUCCAUCCUGGGUAUGGCUUCCUGUCUGAGCGAUCAGACUUUGCUCAGGCAUGUGUCGAUGCUGGGGUACGCUUCAUUGGCCCUUCCCCUGAAGUGGUGCGCAAGAUGGGAGACAAGGUGGAGGCUCGAUCCAUCGCUAUCCGUGCAGGUAGGCCGGACCCCUACUCACUCACUGUCAUGUUCAGAACUGUCUGAUGGAUGUUUGUUUUCAUGGGCGUUUUCUGUUUUUAAUUUUUUCAGCAAAAUCAUCAAACAUACAGCUGACAUUGUGUACUGUUAAGUUAACCAUUUAGUUAAGCUCAGCUAAGCUCAUAUUGUUUGAUUUUGCUUUCAGGAGUCCCAGUGGUACCAGGGACAGACGGCCCCAUCACUUGCCUAUCGGAGGCCCAGGAGUUCUCCAACACCUAUGGCUUUCCCAUCAUCUUCAAGGCUGCCUACGGUGGUGGGGGCAGGGGAAUGAGGGUGGUCAAAGAGUACGAGGUGAGUAGAAAUAUCUGGGCCUAAGUAGAGGCUCCAAUCUGAGUGUUUUGUCUUUGUGCUGGCUGACUUGUUGAUCCCGUCGGUCGACGUGUGUAGGAGCUGGAGGAGAACUAUCAGCGCGCAUAUUCUGAGGCCCUGGCUGCGUUUGGGAACGGUGCUCUGUUCGUGGAGAAGUUCAUUGAGAGACCCAGACACAUUGAAGUGCAGAUCCUAGGUGAGUUUGUUUGAUAGACUAUUUUUGUUGAGUCUUUUUAAAAGUGAUGUAUACAGUAGAUCUAAUCACAUUGCCAUCCCAUCUCUACCAGGUGAUAAGUAUGGUAAUGUUAUCCACCUCUAUGAGAGGGACUGCUCCAUCCAGAGGAGGCACCAGAAGGUGGUGGAGAUCGCCCCGGCUGUACAGCUGGACCCCCACCUCCGAGACAGACUCACCGCUGACUCUGUCAACCUGGCCAGACAGGUACAGGAUGCAACGCGCGCGCACAUUCUUUUAAUAGGGAGUGUAGAGCUGAAACCUCAUAUUCCUUUCAGUUAG